CCAAGUAGAUGAAUGCUGACGUUGUUGGGAAACGGGAAGGUGUCAAUGCUCUUGACAACCCAAAGCAAAAGAUCUGCCACAUUAUUGCCAGCGCAACAAUAAUGAGACCCUGAAAACCUCAAUGAGACCAUUGAUGGAUUGCAGCUGCUUGGCAUCAUCCGGAGUACUACACCAACAUCUUUAUCCUUUAUUAUAUAGCUUCGUUAGAUCAGAAACAAUAUCUCUCAAUAGUCUAGCCAGUGUGAAGAGCCAUUAUGAUAUCUUUUCGGUUGCUGCUGGGAUAUACCCUUGCUCUUUCGUGGGUAUCUUUGUCUCGUCAUUGCCAAUGCAGUGCCUUUUUGACCGGCCCUCCCACAAGGAGAGGCCAUAGCGGAAAGAUUGGCAGUGGGAACAGUAAUAAUGGUGGAAGGAUCCCACCACCUCGAGCUGCCAACAGGCAUGACGAUUGGGCAGAUGACGGGUUUUCGGACGAAGUAGUGGCAUCCUCGUUUCUUCAACAUAAUAAUGAAACAGACGAUGCCACCACACAGCAACAGCAACAAAUUGCCACAAACAAUAUGAUCAUGAGAGGUGGAUCUACCAAACCACCACCAAAAUCAUCAGACCACGAUCGAGUACUCAAGGGUGGAAAAGUCACACUGGCAUCCACGGCGUCCUAUUGGUCCGACGCUUUUGGAAAAGCAGGACAAGCCGUCACCAAACCCUUCAAAUCCGCAGGACAAGCCGUAUCGUCGCGCCUUCAGUCCAAAGAACAAAAGAAAGAACAAGAGUUACUGGACAAACUGGAAACCACCAAGGUACAGUCGGUCGUCAUGGUACCCAACACCACUGUGGUGCCCAACGAAGUCGUCCAAUUGGCAGCACGUCGAUCCGGACUCAUUGGAAAUCCUCUUCGGACCGAUCGAGUGCAAGAUUUUGCAGCCUCGCUCAAGAAAUGGUAUCAAAUGAGAGGAUAUAUCCUUCACUCCGUGACGGGGGCUACGUUGAAUACGGCGUCGGCCACGGCAGAAAUUCAAGUCCAAGAACCACACGUGUCGAGAGUGCCCGUCGAUAUCACAUUUUGUAAGGAAAUGGUGGUUGAUCCCGAAACUGGAAACAUUCUCACUUUUCGACAAUACAAGGAACGACAUAUGAAACGCAAAACGUUUGGUCACCGGUCGAUUACCAAAGCCGACACAAAUACUACCUUUGUCCAGACGACUGGCAAGACACGACCCUCUCGGAUUGCGCAAGUCCUUGGCUUGAAGCCGGGAGCACCCUUUCAAUGGGAUGCAUCCAGGUGGAGAUCCGUGUCGAGCAGUGGCAUUUUCGCACGCGUGCUGCAGGCUGGACCCCAACGAAUGCAGGAUGGAUCCGUACAAUUGCAAAUCUUGGCGACCGAAGCACCACCAAGGCACUUGGAAUACGGAGUGUCCAAAUCUCUCUACACUGGGUCCUGGGAAGGGGAAGUCGACUUUCAACACGAAAACUUGCUAGGAGGAGGUGAAAGUUUGGCCUUGCAAGUCCGGCGAGGGACCAAAGAUCCCGAACCCAGUGUGACAUUGCGCUUUAGUGAUGACAAGUUUGGCAUGCCAGGUGGGUAUGAUGUUGAAGCAUUUAGUGACUUUAUUGGAGAUACCGACGCAGAAGGUGGAACAAAGAAAGGAAAAAGCAAGAAGAGUGAUAAUGCAGAAGACUCUGUGGAAGACGAGACACCGCCAUCCAAAGAGCCCAACAAGUUGCUGGAUCGUAAAGGUAUGAGAUUCACCUAUCGGAAUCCAAUUGAAACGAAGCGAAUAAGGCACAGCAGCGCCAGUACGUCCUUGGAGCGAACAGCAACACAGUCGGGGAUUCGAGAAACCAUUGGUUGUGGCAGUCUGACUUUAGGGCCUUUUCGAAGAGAGCUACCACUGGAUGCAAGGUCGAGUAUUGAUGGAAGAUUCACUACUGGCUUGCGUGUCCCAGAAGGAUCCGUCCAAGCUGAACUUUCUUCAGACAAAAACACGGAAAUCCGCGGUGGUUCUACUACCUACCAGGGAUUGACGUUGCUCCCAUUCACGUCCUUUCGACUGACGACCACACAAGUCUUGCCGCUCUUGUCAUCAUCCUAUUCUGCUUCAUCCGCUGCCGAGCCUGAAAAGCAACCAUCACUUGCACUUCGACACACGGUCUCAGGGUCAACGCGCAACCUCCCCCAGCAUGAGCAGAAUGCCAUGGGAUUCUCGUCAAUGAUUCGAGGAGGACAAUCCAAGGGUGGCAUCUCAACCUAUGUCACCGGAGCCACCGAGUUGAGAAUUCCUCUCAACAUCAUGGGCGGCAGCAAGAGAAUCCAGAAUCUACAACAAGAUGCCAGUGUUGUCCUCUUUGGUGACUGGGUGUCAGCGCGGAAGAACAACGGAUCACCGUUUGCCUUUGAAAAGUCAAUCGGCGUGGGAUUUCGUAAGAUUGCACAAGGAAUUCCCCUCAAAGUUGAUUUUUGCUAUGCUGGUAAUGGCAAAAUCAAAUCCAAUUUUGGGCUUGGCCGUGACUUCGACGUUUAACCAAAAACCGCAUCGCAGCCAGCUUUCCACUUCGACGUUUAAUUUAGCAUGUACUUUAAAAAGCAUCAGAGCUUUACUUCCUGCUAGUAGCAACCUGUAUUCGUUCCGGUGGAGCGAGUUCUAAGAAAUGGAUCUUCAAGUACUAGUA